AGGAUUUCGUUCGCACAGGAUCACUUUUAUUCUAACGUUUGAAGAAGGCACAUCUCAGUGCAAGCGCUCUGGAAGCUGCUUUUACCGAACGAACUAACUUUUCAAGUAACCUCAAAAACUUGUCUCUAACGACACCACGUGCUAUCCGCGAGUUUCAUUUCCCGUGCAAAGUUCCCCGAUUUAGCUAUCAUUCGUGAACAUUUCGUAGUGCCUCUACCCUCAGCUUGUACAAAAUGGUGGUUGGUAUGGAUGAAUCAAAGGUAGGACAUGACGAGGAGCAGCAUUACGAGGACAGCAGCUUCGACGAAUGCGACACGCCAGCGGGCGUGUUAUCCUCCAAGUUCGACAAAACGGACCUUUCGAUUAACACCAAUCCGCUGCCGCAUGGCAAGUACACUCUGAUCGGGCUCGAUAUAGAUACGACGGGUCGUAGACUUAUCGAUGAGAUCGUACAGAUCUCGGCAUUCACACCGGAGAAAGAGUAUGCGCAGUACAUUAUGCCGCUGAUGAACCUGAACCCGGCUGCCCGUCAGCGCCACCAGGUUCGCGUGAUUACGGUUGGAUUUUUCCGCAUGCUGAAAAGCAUGCAGACCUACCGUGUCAUGAAGACCAAGAUGGAAGUUGCGGCUCUGAACGAGUUUCUUGACUGGCUGGAGGAGCGUCGUCGCGAGGACGAGGGGUCCGAGGGCAUUGUGCUGGUGUAUCAUGAGCAGCGCAAGUUUGUGCCGUACAUGGUCAUCGAGGCGCUGAAGAAGUACAAGCUGCUGGACCGCUUCUCCGAGUCGGUUAAGUCCUUCGUGAAUGGAUUCAAAUUGGCGGAGGAAAAGUGUACGAAGACCAUCAAGUACUUGACGAUUCGUCAGCUAGCAGAGAUAGUUUUGGAUGAAAAGGCAGGAUCCCGUGAUGGAUUUGAGGGAAAUGCGGCCUAUCGAGCAAAAAUGGCGUUCGAAAUAUCGAGAUGCCUAGCAACCGCUGAACCGAAGUCCAAUGCGGUAAAUGUGCCUGUUUCAUCGCCAACCGAGAGCGAGCCGAAUGAUUCAGCUACGUCUGAAGAGGUCACCAAUUCCUCCUCCACCGCUGAGGAUGCAGUGAAGGAUGAAGGUGACAAGCCGUCGGAGGAGAAUGCUGAACAAUCGGAUGACGAUGCGCAGAAGCAGGACGAGAAGAAGGAAGAAGCUCCUGCUGCUUCUUUGAACAGCUCUGCAUCUCGUCCCUUGACCGAAGAGGAUCGUGAAAAGAUGUGCGCAGUGUUGUGCGAAUAUGCUUCACCGAUUUCCACUGAAAUCUCCGAGCUUGACGAACAGGAGAAGAUUCUUGUGCGCCAGAAUUCACUGAGACCGGUAUUUUUGCUCUAUUUUAAGACGACAAUCUACCAUCGGGUUAAGGCUGUUACUUAUAGACGAGUACUGGCUGAAACUGGCCACGAUUACGAAUCUUUGCGUCAAGUGUGGCAAGAGAAGAAGCGCGAAGGUCUGGAAGCGAUCAUCAACGAGAUUGCAGAGUUGAAAGAAGACGAGCGCACGGAGCUGAACGAACUUCUUGAUUGUCAUUACGAUCCGGACAAGCAGGCAUUUAAGCCGAUCGUCAAGCGUAUGAAGCGUCGUCCUUCUCGAGCAGGACAACCAUUCUUCUCCAACAAGAAUGGCAACGUUCCACAGAACCAGAACGGAAAUAACCAGAUGGCCAAGGAAAACCGGAAACCAUUCAAUGGUUACCAGAAUAACCAGAAGAAUCAUAACAACCACCACAAUGGAAACAACAACAACAACAACAACAACAUGGUCAAUAAGCAUCAGAACCAACAGAACCAGCAGCAACAACAGUACUACAACGGUCCGUCUUCCCCAGAAUCUGGCAUGCGUAACGGAGGAUCUCCGGGAAAGCGUUUCUUCCAGCGCAACUCACGUCGUCGUCGCGGAGGAAACGGCCAGAACCAGAAUCAGAACGGUGGACAGAAUCAGCAGCCGAUGAAGAACCAUAACGGUAAUCAUCAUGCUUAUUCGAAUUCGAAUCGCCACAAUAACCAAUUCCAGCAACCAAUGCAGGGUCACGCUUAGGUGUGAGCCGGAGAAAACUUGCGGGACAUUUUAACGGUAGAUAUUUGAUGAUUGUUGCAUAGAUGCACUAGAUGCAGAAACAUACCCGAUUCAAAGAACAUCGUUUUACGGAUAAUGGCAAGGAAUACGAAACAUUUUUAAACACGCUCAAAUAGAUUUAAGGAUCAUCACGAUAGAAGUAGCCAACUCAUUCGGUAUAGUUGUCCUCGUAUUUUAGAAUCAGGUAGAAGCGCUGCUUCAGCAGCAAAAUGUCUUAGCUCAGGAUCAUAGGGAAGGAGGACCGUUGGACCCGUUGAAAGUAUGCGCGCACUUUCUAGGGAUGUUUCCACGGUAUCAUCCGGCCCACUUUUAGUCACCCAGAACCUGAGGCAGUUUGCUUGCAUUUGUGUGGUGCAGAACCCCAUUUUAAUAUUGUGUAAAUUAUGUUCACUACGUAGCAAUCAAUACCAAUGUGAGGCUGCAAAACGUCUCUUUUAGCUGUGGUGGGUUUUAGCAGCUCAGAAAUGAAAUCAACGAUUUAUGUUAUGAUUGUAAUUGAUGGAAGGUGUACAACACCGGAGGGCCAGACCUCUGGAAGGCGAUGGCGGUUCGAUGUUGAUGCCAAUAUAUGAUGAUUUUGUUGCAUUGAAUAUUUGUUUGCUUGAUCUAUUUGAUUAGUGGGAUGAAUUUGGAAAGAAAUGUACGAUAUUCGGAUGGAGUUAUGGGUGUACAAAAGUAGUGUCUGUAGUUAAUGUACUAAUUGUGAUUAAGAUUUUGAAUUUUAUUUCCCAUUUUGAGACAGAACAUUUAUCGCAGGCUGGACCUGGCUAUCCAGCUACCCUCGCGUGUCUUUUGUACCAAUUGGGCAUUAGCUAUCCUGUCUAGAAUGAGCUUGCUUGUGUGUCUGUGGCUCAAUGUACCCGCUUUGGGGAGGAAGAAAACUGUUGGUACAAUUAUACUACUCAUGCAUCUAGUAUCAUGUAAAUACACUCAAAACAUCAAUCAAUCCAUCAAUAGUAGUUAUUCCUUCAUUAAUGCCUAGGAACGCACCGCACCACCGAUGCAGCGCCGGAGAAAACAUGUAUCCUUGCGUUUGUGUCACUAGUCCUAUAUACAGGGUUUACCUAGCCAAUCGGGCGUCGUCAAAGCGUUAUCAGUCGCCGUAAAUACUUUUUCGGGCAUCGUAAACCCUCAAUUGGGCACUGUCAUUUCUAUUCGGGCCUUGUGAAGUAUGAAUCGGGCAAAGUACAGAAUGAAAGCGUCCUACUCUUGAAGGUGUCAAAUCGGUCGCUCCGGUGUGUUUGAUCCAUGAAGCAGUUUAAAAAUACGUAUUUUGCAUGUUGUUUAACUUAUUAUGUGUUAUUUUCAAAUGUUUACCUUAUUUAACCACCAAACAUAUUAUAUUUUUUUAAAAAUAUAAAACCAAAUUGCAUUGUACGGGUUUGUAUUAAAAAUUUUAAAAAAGGAAUUUGAAUAUUUUUUUAUGUAACUAAACUUAAAAAUAGUGAAUUUUCUUACAGUACAGUUAAACUACUCGCAAAAAAGUAUUAUUUUACAGCUAGAAAGCAACAAAAUAUAAAGUAGGCCCAAUUCAUUCUGAACUUUGCCCGAUUCAUACUUCACAAGGCCCGAAUAGAAAUGACAGUGCCCAAUUGAGGGUUGACGUCGCCCGAAAAAGUAUUUACGGCGACCGAUAACGCUUUGACGGCGCCAGAUUGGCUAGGUAAACCCUGUAUACCCAAAACUGCCCCCAACAAUCGUGCUCAAAGCACGGUUAAUACGGGGCAGCGGGGAGAUGUGUUGCACAGUAGCAGUUUGAAUUGUACAAUUCAUUUUAUUGCAGCUUAAUCAGGGAUAAAACAAAAGUUAAUGAAAAAAGAAAACAACAAAACAAUAUUUGCACGCACAAUAACGGUUGACAAUACAGGGCUAUGACAUAUAAGACGACAAGUACAAAAAAAGUAAUCACAAUAUGCAUUAUCUGCUCGCGCACAGCCUCUAGGAGACCGGGGCGAAGCGAUGUGGGGUGUUGGGGUGGGUUAGAGAGAAGGAAUUUACUUUGAAUUGCUUAACACAGCUUUUGGCCGGUGGUUGAACAAAGAAGUGGGAAGGUGCAACCAAAACGUUACAUUUGAACUAUAUUAGUGAUGUAUUGGAAGAAAGAAUACAGAUUGGAUCAUUGAAACGCUUCCGGGAGGGGUGUGUGUGCGCACGGGUUGUCGUUUGUGUUUUUUU